GUAACAAUUCACAUUGUUUGGGAGAUUAUAAUUACAAUCUAUGGAAGACAAGACUAUCUGAUCAGUUCUCCACCCUGACUGAUGACGAGGUGUUCGUGUUAUUAUGUUUUCUGUGUUCUGACUCCGGUCCUCCUGACUUCACUGACACAGAGUGGCUGGACAUGCUUAAUGAGAUACGACAGAUAAUGUACCUUAAAGAGAAUCCUGUAACACGUGAGGAAGCACAGAAGACUCUGGACAGGCUGAAGUCACGUGAUUACCUUUGGGAAGAUCAGGACAAGAUAACAGAGGACACAAAGGAUGAGACAAUGUAUAGGAUAGCAUUAAUAAACAAUGUUACACCAUUCUUUUACAGUAGUUAUGACACAGCCAGUGUGUACCUGAGAACAAGGAGAUACAACAGAGAACCUGGAGAGAAGUGUGUCAUUAGUCCUGGCUGGGAUCACUUACUGAUACGCCGUCUACAGAUGAACAUACUGACUCACGUCACCAUGGAGGACACGGAUAUAUACUGA